AUGAGAGUAUCCCAACGGCUGUCCCUGGUGGGCUUUCUCCUUUUUUUCUUCUUCCCUGCUCACCCCUGUGAGAUCUGUGAGGCAGACGAUGAACAGCAGGCCAGCCUGGCCUCUCUGAUGGCCACAAUGAUUGAACCCGAGCAGCCCUUUCCGGAAGUAGAUCCUAGCAUCCUGAUUGCCCUCAAACUCGCAAGGCAAAACGACGAGAAGGCCGAGAAAACCUUCCUGAACCAAGUCAAACAAAACAUUAUGCAACGUGAAAUUUUAACCUCAGGACAGCUUGCCCUGAAUAUGCUGGCAUUGACAGCUGCCUGCCAGAAAGACGUUGUACAUGAUUAUAAGCUGGUCAAAAAACUAGAAGAGAAGUUCCAAAAGGAAGUAGACAGUAUUGAUACCUCUGGCCACCCAUUGACUAACUACUAUGAGCUUGGCUUGGAUGUCUUGGCCUUGUGUCUUCUAAAUGGGACUUAUUCAUCCUCCAAAAUUGCUAAGCUCUUCUCUGCAGAGCAAAUGAAGAUUUAUAUUGGUGGCCGAUUCUCUGUGGACACUGGGGCAAUUUCAGUCCUGGCUCUGACUUGUGUGAACAGGCAGAACCCAGAUGAAAUGAUUGGAAGUAAUAUAUUAUGGCUUGUGGACAAGAUCCUGAAGGAGAAAAAACAAGAUGAUACCAUUGGAAAUAUCUAUAGCACAGGAGAAGCCAUGCAGGCCCUAUUUGUGACUCCAGAGUAUUAUGAAGAAGGAGACUGGGACUGUAAGAAGACUCUUAAAAAGGUGCUAAACCAGAUUCCUCAGGGAACAUUCAGAUUGCCCAUCGCUGCAGCCCAGGUGUUACCUGCCCUGGAGGGCAAGACUUACUUGGACUUAACCCAUGUUUCUUGUCAGUCCCUGCCAGGUCACCUCAAUACCUCUACCCCAAAACCUGCAGAACCCACUCACCAAUCCAACGAGACUAUCUCAGUCACUUACAGAGUAGUGGAUUCCAUCAAUAACAACAUUAAUGAAUCUACCAUCGUCUCAGUGCCAGAGGGCUCUGUCUUCCUGAAGGUGAUGGAGGCAGCUCAAACAGAAAACAAGGCCAAGUUUGGGUUUAAAAUAAAGCAAACUCAAUGGGGACCAUAUGUCACCUCUGUUCAUGGUAUUGAGGCCAGCAGUAAAAACAGAACCUACUGGGAGCUCCUAAGUAAUGGUCAAUCACUGACGGAAGGAGCUGGGAGCUUUGUAGUUUCUGAUGGCGAUAAUCUGGAGGUCAGGCUGAGUAAAUAUUGA